UAACUCGCAAUAUCCGGGAGCUAAAAAAAACGUGUGUCCAAAAAGUGCAUGGUCCUGUUGAGAGAGUGCCUUGUGAUCGUGUUCACGUAAAUUUGUUCACCAUGCGCAAGGUCUAUGUGAAGCCGGGACAGCUGCAACGGCUGCGAGGCACUCAGGCAGGGGUGUACAGGACCCGAGCAUCACUUUUUACAGUCGCAUAUACUGUGGUCGUCGGUGGUUUCUUUCUCUUUUUUGUUGGAAGAGAUAAGGACUUCAGCCGCUUCCAGAAAGAUGAAUCCUCAACAAUGUCCGUGGAGAAGAUGAUGAAAGAACUCCAACCCAAGCUCGUUUCCCAGGCUUCCAGCAACAACGUUUAGCAGCGGCCUUGAUAGCUUUUUUAGAAUGAAUGAAUGAGUACUUUUCCUUGUAAAUACGAAGUAAACAUGCAUAGCUUGGACAUUUCCUUGUUGGAGUUCUAAUUUAUGCCCUGCAUGUGUCUUCUGCCGUCUCCAUUUUGCGACGCACUAUUUGUACCUUUUUAUUUUACGGGAAUGUAGCGCCCUCUAUUGUACGCCCCUUUCUCGAAGAUGUACCCAUUUUAGAUUGCUCGUGUAAGUGCUUUUGUAAUAUGGAACAGACAAGAGAUGGACUUGGCUGUGUCACGUGUCCAAUUUGUGAGAAAGUCGUCACGACAGCUGUACAGAGUCACGUCGAGAAGUGCCUGGAAAAGUUCAAGAGAGCGGAGCCCCGUGUGCCUCACCAGGAAGCGUGCAUCUGUGUUGUGUGCAGGACAGACAUCACGAAUCUGGAUGCUUCACACCGGACUGCACACGUCAACCGGUGCCUCGACAAAGAGUGCAACGAGCCCGUACAAGAGCCCGUGGUUUCAACUCCUUCGCGCUCAACCGGAGCCUCCUUCGAGCUCCUCGACUGCCCGUUGUGUGAAAGGGGCUUUAAGUCUUCCAAAGCCUGUAAAGCUCACAUCAAGCAGUGCAGCCUGCAGCUGAACAUGUCGCCGAAACAAGUGAUGGACGCGAUCCGUCUGCAGCAGCGCUACCUGCAGGAGAGGCUGGCAGCUGGACUGCCGCUUGUUCACCGGAGAAAGCCCGCGUCAGAUGAACUGGUUCAUCGGCCGACAAAGCGGCCUCGGCCUGCUGCUACAAUUCCAAAAAGCAAGUUUCAAGAGGAGAUUCAGAUGGCCAAGGCAUUGUCAGCCUCUAUAUCUGUCAAAGAUGAAAAUGGCCCGAGGGAGCACAGAAAUCAACGUCUUUUAGGUCACACGAACAACAGAGGGAAAAAAGCCAAACGAGAAGCGAAGCCAACGCCUGCUUUGCUGACAACAACGGCCGAAGAAAGAACCAGGGUCGUGGAGAGCAAGAUUUCGCGCCUGCUGGCAUCAACUGUGGCAGACUCCUCAGAAAACUGUUCACUCCGCCGCAGCUGGGCAUCGCUGAUAAAGCCAUCCCAACGCCUCCGCGAUCUUGCAGAAGAGGGCCCGUCAGUCCUGUGGACGAAAGCAACGCAAUCCGCAGCGGAGAAAGAGCAGUACUACGUGCCAACGCUGAGCGACGCGGUGACACACUGCAAAGUGGAGGCAGGGAGCAAACUGCGCUCCCUAUCUCAAGUGGCGGGCCACAGGAUAUCGGACGCUGCUGCUCAGUUUCAGCACCUGGACGAGCAAUAUGCCAACUUCCUGGAAACUCAGAAACCUGCAGAGCAAGAAACUGCAACACAAGACCACCAGGACGCAGUGCUGUCUCUCAUAGGAGGAACCUUGCAACCGGGCACCGCAUUAAGCGACGUCGGCUACGGAUUCUUAACCCAGGAACCUUCUGCUACCCCGACGGAAGGAUCGUGGGAGUCGAAUUCUUUGCGGCAGCUGUCGUGCGAUUUGAACAACACGGUCGGAGCCGGUCGUUAUGCGGACAUGCGCAUCUCCGUUGCGGGAGGGAAAACCAUACAUGCACACAGAGUGAUCGUAUAUGCACGUUGUCCUUCCUUGCAGAAGGACGUCGUCAAAAGUAACGGUGUGAACUGCCUGAACUGGUCCGAGUGGUCGGAGACCUGCGUGAGAACAUUUCUAAGUUACCUCUACGGAGGGACCGUAGAUGUCAAGGUUCAGGAUAAGGAGUUGACUCUGCAGCUGAGGAGCUUAGCAUUCAGGUACAACCUGACCUCCGUUUGUAAAUUUCUGGAAGAGAGUUUGGGCGAUUCUCUCGACAAACAGGCCCCACUGGACAGCAGCCUGGCAGAGAUCAUAACGAGCCUCUGGGAUGAAGAGGCAGUCCCGCGAAACAGCAGCAGCGAGAAGGUUGAGGAAGCGCCAACAGAUGAGGACGACGACGUCGGUGAACCGUUCGACGACGUCUACGAGUUUGUGGCCAGUCAGAGACCUCAGAAACCGAGUGGCUCCUCGAACAUUCCAGAAGGUGGUGCUGUCAACCAGAGCCAGGCAAACAGUGAGGGAUCUUCGCAGCCUCAAUCGUCCCAACCUCAGCUGACCUCAAUGAGUCACACAAACUGCGAAGCAUUCUCAGCUCGGCCACAGGUCCUUGCAACAAGUCGUAUGGACCACGAAGAAUCCUCACUGCCCCACUCUUCUCAACCUGAACGAUCUCAGCCUUGGAUCCCCACGGCGAGUCCAGCAGACUAUAAGGGAUUCUCAGAGCAUCAACACUCUCAACAGACGCAACCUGGCCCUCGCGCGGCUAAUCAGGCAGAGCUCAGGGGAUUUGCACAGCAUCAGCCUUCUGAGCUUCAGAAACCUCAGCUUCAGAAACCUCAGCUUCAGAAGCCUCAGCCUCAGUUACCCAGAGUGAGUCAGGUGGACUACAAGGGAUUCCCAGGGCUCCCACCGUCUCAAAGUCAACAUCAGCUCAUCGCGGCAAGCCAGGUGGACCAUGAAGGUUUCCUGCAGUGUAAGCCUUCUCAACAUCAACUACCUCAACCUCAGAUUCCCACUCCAAGUCGGGCAGCCUAUGGGGAAUCCACGGAGCCUCAACCUUCACAGAUGCCUCAACCUCGACAUCAGAUUCCCACAGUAAGUGAGGCAGCCUCCAGCGGAUCGCCAGAGCCUCAACUAUCUCAACUGUCUCAGCCUCAGAUUCCCACAGCAAGACAGGUUGGCUACAAGGGAUCCCCAGAGCCUCAACCAUCUCAACGGUCUCAGCCUCAACUUCAGAUUCCCACAGCAAGUCAGGCAAGCUACAAGAGAUCCCCAGAGCCUCAGCCAUAUCAACUGUCUCAGCCUCGGAUUUCUACAGCAAGUCAGGCAGCCUACAGGGGAUCCCCAGAGCGUCAACCAUAUCAACUGUCUCAAUCUCGGAUUCCCGCAGCAAGUCAGGCAGCCUACAGGGGAUCCCCAGAGCCUCAACCAUCUCAACGGUCUCAGCCUCAACUUCAGAUUCCUACAGCAAGUCAGGCGGGCUACAAGAGAUCCCCAGAGCAUCAACCAUAUCAACUGUCUCAACCUCAGAUUCCCACAGCAAGUCAGGCAGCCUACAGAAGAUCCCCAGAGCCUAAACCAUCUCAACGGUCUCAACCCCAACUUCAGAUUCCCACAGAAAGUCACGUGGGCUACAAGAGAUCCCCAGAGCCUCAACCAUAUCAGCUGUCUCAACUUCAGAUUCCCGCAGCAAGUCAGGCAGCCUACAGAAGAUCCCCAGAGCCUCAACCAUCUCAACGGUCUCAGCCUCAACUUCAGAUUCCCACAGCAAGUCAGGUGGGCUACAGGAGAUCCCCAACAUCCGAGCCAUCUCAACCUGAUCAUCAACUUCCCACAGAGAAUCAAGCAGACUACAAGAGACUCCCUCAUCAACCCGAGUCUCGACACUUAUCAACAAGUCAGACAGACUUUGAAGGGUUUCCACAAUCUCAACAACCUCAACCUGAGCAUCUUACAUCGAAUGAGGCGGAGGAACUCCAAACUUCUGUGAACUCUAGUGGUGGUGUAAGCCACAGCCUGCCCACAAGGCGCCUCCAACUUCCCUACUCGAAAACCUCUGUCCCGAUCGUGAUCAGUCCAAUCCACUCCGAAGAUGAACACAUAAGGGUGGUACCUUCGAAGAUCUUGUCCCUUCCCCUCCCACCCAUGGAAAACGGGCAAUUGUGGUACUCUCCGGGCAGCACUCAAAACGCGCCUUCUACGGUUGGCUCGUCCAACGAGCACAACGCAUCGGAUGCCGAGUCGGCAGACUUGUUCGGAAGCUGCGACGAAGUGGAGUCGAAUCCAGAGCCACAGACAACGGGAGACAGCGACGUGGAAGAACAACCGAUGGAAGUGUCGGGCGACAACAGUAGUUCGCCUCGUAGCGUGCGGUCUGCGGAAGACAAGCGGGUGUCGGACCGGGGCGACGAAGAUGACAUUUGGAACAGCGUGUGGGAAGGCUUCGGAGAUCAAGGUCACUGUGACAUACCGGAACUUGUGCUAUCGCCCAUCGGAGAGUCAAAGGACAGUGAGGUGAUGAGUGACACGAAAGAGGUGCCGCAGGAGCAGUUUGGUGCAGGAGAAGCUGCUGGUAGAAGUGUGCAUAGUGCUAUGCUAGACUCACAUUUCUUCGACGAAGAAGCGUGCAACCAGCCGUACCAGAGCCCACUGGCGUCCCGUGGGAGGGCGCCGGCGUCGGCGGUAACACCGUUGCCAGACUACGAUGCCAUGCAGACCCCAGAGUUGAAGGGCCAGCUGCAGAAGUUUGGAGUGCGUGCGUUCCCACGUAAGAAGGCAGUGAACAUCCUCCGGCACAUAUACGAGGAAACCCAUCCCUACGUGGACCAGACGCCCAGGAGACCUGCAAGCCAUUCGAGCUCGGCGUCUCAGCCGAACGUUUCAUCACGCGCAGACUCAGGGGAACCUUCACAAAGCUCAGGUGCAGGUGACAAUUACCCAGAGAGCCGUUCGUCCAGCACGAAUGCUUUCCAACUCCUCAGCUCAAGUGGUACAGAUUUUGGCGAAUUGGAAACACAAGCAGACUGUGAAGAGAGCGAUGGUCAUUCUGAAGUAGACGCGCAUAGCAAAAUGAAAGAGUUUGUUAGGACAAACCACCAACUUUAUCAACGGAUUUUGUCCUACGAGCCCAUUGAACUUCGAACACUUCAUGCCGAUAUGAAAGCUGCCAAAAUUAAGGUUUCGCUAAAAGUUCUGAUGGAUUUUUUAGACCAACAGUGCAUCACUUUCAGACUGCCUCGGACAGAGAAGCAGCGGCUCAAGCAGCAGCGACGACAGAAACGGUUCAGGCAACGGGUCCGCGCCAAGAUUGCGUCGUCUCGGGCGUGAACGAGCCGCGGUGUGUCGUGACAAGAAUAAUAUAUGGAGACUGUUUUCCAGACUUGAGUCAAAUAGUGCUUUUUUAAUGGUCACUUUUAAUUCAUAUACAGAAAGGAAAAUCAUAAAUAGUAAUUCCUAGAAAAAAAGCAGGGAAACACUUGCCCGAGGCCCUCUUACAAAAGUUUUGUAAACCUCUGGUUGUUAAAAACAGCAAAUAAUGCGCAAAAUAACGUUAC